AUGACCGCCCAACAACAACAACAACAACCCACCCUCUCCGCAACCUACACCUCCACCACCAACGCGCCCUUCACCGUUUCCCUUACCCUCCCCUGCGCCGCCGACAGCACAACUCUCGAACACAAGACCAAGUACCUUUCCGAGCUUCGGCAAUCGGUGAUAUCCGCCCAGGGGCAGAUCAACCGGGAGCUCACGGCGCGCAUGGAGGAGGACAAGGCGCGGGAGGCAAGCACAGCGAAGGCCAACGGGACCAAGGUCGUCGACGACGAGAAGGAGGAGGAGAAUUACGGCGAGGAGGUGCAAGAGGAGGAGGAGGAUUAG